AUGAACUCAACCCGUGGUCACUUCCAACCCAGUGUCAACAAUCCCCCACAAAGUGGCAUGAGUGAAUCAAACAUUAAGGACUUUAUGCAGGCGGCACAGGCGGUAUCUGGGGCUUAUCUUGAAUUGUCAAAAUGUGUGGAUGCCCUUGCCAAAGUUAUGGGCAAAACGGCCAGUAAAACUAUGGCCAGUGGGACUAUGACGAGUGGCACUUCGGCGACUGGCCCGGAGCGCAACACCCCAAUGGAUGGUAAAGGCUUGGAGGUUGGUUUGAGCCGGACUGGAGGGACGGGUCAAUCAGAAAUAUCCCAUCGCCCAGUCUCGGCAUCUAGUUCUAUGGGUGAUCCACACAUGCCAAAGGUCUGCGUACGCUGCUUUAGGUUAUGGAAGACAUGUAUCCAAGACGGCGAAGAAGAUCCUCCAGACUGCAUCUCCUUCAGUAGCUCACGGUCAGAGAAAAUACCGGUACUGCUUCGAGCGUCGCAAACCGUCGCGUUCUGGCAGACACGACAGCUCACGAAUGAAGAUCCUUAUGCCGUUAAUGAACACAUUGAUCGAACGAAAGGGGAGAAUGGAUUUCCCUAUGGCCCCCGGGGAUUUCCAUACGAUGGUGCUAUGCAGGCCGUUUGA